GCCCCGCCCUACAGCAGGAGAUAGAAAACUGUCUGUGGGCCGGUGGAGGGGAUGAAACAAGUGGAAGGAGAUGUAGCAGACAGGCACGCGUUUCUAACUCGCACUGCUCCACCUCGUCGGCUCCACUCCUCUCGCUCCUCUGUAGCAUCCUCCCUGUGUGUGCACGGGCGAUCAUUUUGCGGCGCUGCGUCGGAGCUUCAUGGCCGCGACACUCGCGAUGAGCGGCGGCGGGCAGGAGGAUCCCUUCUACCCGCUGCAGAAGGCGACUCUGCCCGCUGGAUUCCCCCUGGAGGACUCGGCGUUGUUCGGCUUGGACUGCAAGAUCGCGGACGCAGACAAGGCUGGGCAAAGCGACUACACGCAGGCAAAGUGUGAGAUGGACAGGUAUCUCUCGCCUCAGUCUCUGCCCCUUCCAGCUCAGCAGAAGUCACAGAGAGACAGCACGCUGGAUCAGUUCUUCGCUGGUGAUCACACCGGGGCUCCCUACACCCUCAACAUGAAUCUUUACCUCCCCGACGCUGCCUACCUGAGGAUGGGCUUGUGUCAGCAGGUGCGGCCCCCUCAGCACCAGAACCCCACAGGUCUCACCCAAAUCAAGACAGAAACAGCCUCCCCGUGUUUCUCCCCCAACGUACAACUACACUGCCCCAACACGACGCCCUCUAGUAGCUGCAGCACAUCUGGGCAUGGCCCCGGCAGCAUUGCCAUGGAAACCUCAGCCAUAAACAUGACGUUAACAGGGUUACCGGACUUCACCAGUGUUUUUAACCAGUCAGGAGGCAACCGCGGUGGCGAUUCAGUGCCAGAGGUGUUCAUCAAACAGGAAAUGUCAUCGCAGUUUGAUGCUCUCCACCAUCACGACAACAGUGGCUCGCUGUUUCAGCUACUAAACUCCGGUUUGGACCAUCACCAUGGCAAUGGUAUGGAGGCUCAGCAUCAGCAUCAUCAUCAUCACCAUCACCAUCAUCAGCAGCAGCAAAUACAACACACUUCCACUUCCACAAUCCACACGCCUUUCCAUGACUUGCCUGUAGCUUCUUCUGCGUCUCAACAAGAGCAGACUGCAAAGCCUGCCUACUGCAGCCUGGGUGGCAGGGCGUACACACAUCCUCAUGCUCAGGGGCAUCCCCAUUUCCUCCAACAGCAGGUGCCCUACCUGCCGCCAUCUCCGCCAAGCUCGGAGCCCGGCAGCCCUGACAGACAGAAGGAGCUGCUCCACACCAUGUCCCCUCCGCCCUCAUACGCAGCCACCAUCGCCUCCAAGUUGGCAGGUAGCACCCCUGGACUCGGCCCCGGCCCGGGACCGGGCGGCUUAGCUCUGCCCCACACUACAGGUCCCACGCCAGUCCCAGGCCAAGCUGCAGGCCUUCCCCAAGCACCUGCAACAACCCCAGCCCAAACCCCAGCUCAGACCACCGUGCCUGCCCGCUACAACCGGAGGAACAACCCGGACUUGGAGAAACGACGGAUCCACCACUGUGAUUACCCAGGCUGCAAGAAGGUCUACACCAAGUCGUCCCAUCUGAAAGCCCACCUCAGGACUCACACGGGUGAGAAGCCGUACAGGUGCACGUGGGACAGCUGCGACUGGCGUUUCGCUCGUUCGGACGAGCUGACGCGCCAUUUCCGGAAGCACACUGGCGCCAAACCCUUCCAGUGUGCCGUCUGCUCGCGCUCCUUUUCCCGAUCCGACCAUCUCGCCCUGCACAUGAAGAGACACCAGAACUAGCAGCGUUUACACACACACACACUGACACACACACUGACACACACAUACACACUACGAAACACACGAGCACUAUCUUGACACACAUGACGCACUCACUCACAUCUCCCACGACAACGUUACAAGCUGCCCGAUGACACCACAGCUGCUCCUGGUGCUGCUAUCCUGUGCUGAGACGGUACGAUAGCCUAACAGAUGUGUUGCUCUUAACCCAGAGUGGGACGAUUCAGAGGUUGUAAAGUUAGAAACACAACGGCCAGAUGAAGUUUCUGGUCCUUUAACCUCCAGAUAUAGAUUUCUUUGGAUGAAUACAAAGAAGAAAAAUAAUAACAAAAAGAAAAAUGGUAGCUCCAAAAUGUGUCUCCAGUCCAUUUGGACUCUUGUGUGACUGGAAUGAAAGCACUUACCACUCAAAACUUGUACAUCUUUUGUCUCUGUCCUAACAUAGAACUGGCUUCAUCGUUUUCUUUUUUACAAAAGGAGAAGCUUUUGUUUGCAAAACUAGUCAAGCCAAAUCAUUGUUUACUCCUUGGUUUGUUCAUAUAACUGGAAAAUCCAGGUUUUAUUUUUAUUUUUUUCAACCAAAUCCUUCGGUUUGCACUAGAAUUGGUAAUCUGUGUCUGAGCCUUUUCGGCCCAUGCAUCUCAUUCACCACUGGAACGAUCACUAUCACCACUGGACUGAAUCUCUGUGAACGCCACACAAAUCAUUGCUGUUCAGAUAUUAAAAAUUGAAGGCAUUUAUACUCUGGAGAGAGAGAGAAGAUAGUGCAGGAAAAAAGGAGGGAGGGGUGGAGAUGAAGAGAUAGAAAGAUUUUUGUUUUUAGAGAGAGGAGGAGAUGUGAGGAUGACGGAGGAACGGAGGAAGGUGGAUGGUUGCUAAAGAGCAGCAAUUAGGUAAUGAAUUAUUCAUGUUGUCUUUUCCAAGCCGAGAAAUGUAAGCAGAACCCAGAGACAGAUCCCAGAAUUCAUUCAGUUAAAACAGAAUUGACUGUAUUUGAUGCACAAGCUUGAAUUAAGCAUCUUUUAAAAUCCAAUUACUGUACAUCUGUCUCAUCCAGCCUCUUUUUCUUUUACUUCUUUAGAAAUGUUUUAACCAAAGUAUCAUUUUCAUCAUCGACACCUUAUUAAGUGCCUCCUCUGAUUUAUGUGUUGUUGCUCAGUGGUAGCAGAGCUGUGAUCAACGUAGAGAGACAGUCCUUUUAAACACAUGGUGCUGUUUUUUUAUUUCUUAAUCUAUUGAGAUCUCUAGGAGAAAAAAAAAAUCCUUUUUAAAUUACAAGGUUUACCCAUCAUUCAUUGUGAUUUAACAGCUCGGCUCAGGCCACCUCACGGACAUCCUCUUUUUUAUUAUCAAAGUGACAGUCGGUCCUUCCUCUGAGGGUUUUACCUCCCUUGCUCUGUACACAACUAACUUGCGAUGCGGCUCUAUCAGUCAAUCGAACAUGGACGUAAUGUUCUGUUCGAGGAUAAGUUCUCAUUUUUUUCAAGUCUUUCACAAAACAACAUGCUCACAUGUUCAUUGCAAGGUUGCUUCAAGUGUUCCUCAAGAGCUCAAGAAGGAGUUCGUCUUCCAUCACUUGCAUUGAAAUCAUUCUAGGAACUGAUCUCAGUAGGACGAGAGGAACAGUUGCAUCAAUCAAAGACUCUAAUGUAGGGUAAGAUGGAGGACGAUGCCCCCUUUAAUUCCUCUCCUGACCAACAGAUUGUGCCAAAUUGACUCUCAGUGCAUGAAUUGCUUUAUGCUCUAGUGCAGGGUGCUUGAAGUUUUUACGACUUAGGUCAAUGUAGGGAGCUAGCAUAUGACUAAGGGCCACUGUCCACUGAAAUCGCUAACUUUAGCUCAAAGCACUAGCAUUGAUGAUGGAACGUAAUUUCCGUGACACUUGUGAGGUGCAAGUUGUCAUCUCUGACCUGACAGACGCUUGUUAGCAGUUAGAUGCAGUCAUCUAUGUAUUAAACAGGGCUGCAACUAUUGACUAUUUUCAUUGGUGAUUAAUCUGUCGUUUAUUUUCUCAGUUAAUUCUCUAUCAAUGGAUUAGUUGUUUGGUCCAGAAAAUUUCAGAAAAUGGAGAAUAAUGUCAGUGUUUCCCAAAGCCCAAGAUGACGUCCUCGAUUGUCUUUUGUCCAAAACCCCAAAUAUUCAGUUAACUGUUGUAAUGUAAAGUUUAAAAAAAAACAGAAAAUAUUCACAUUUAUGAAGCUGGAGUCAGAAUUUUAACUUUUAUCUCAAAGAAAAAAGCAAAAAAUGACUCAAAGAGAUGAAUAAGUUGAGAACUAAUCAAUUAAUCGUUGAAGUAUUAAAUGUUCGCAAUUAACAAUAUAGUAUUUUGAUUGAAAGCAAAUGAUUAAAAUAUAAUGCAAGCAUUUCAUGUCAUGUUCUGGGAUCGUACAAAAUGUUUCUGAGGGUGGCCUCUACCCUACGUAGCGCACUUUGAGUUACAAAGCUCUAGUGAAUUCUGAUAUUCCAUCCGAACAACAAUACCAGUUGUUUUUUGGCGACCCUUUGCGGCGUUUCCACCAAGUUUUGUGGCACCAAACUUAACUUUAAUGGCACAUUGCUCAUUUCCCAGCAGCAUUUUAGCAACCGAACUUGGGUGUUUUUCACCGACACAAAGCAAAGCGUUGAGAGAAACAAGGUUUAACUCAUCUGCUUUAAAAUAAUAUCCAAAGGCAACAUAUCUGUGGGUUGCAGAAACAUACAAUACGAACAUUACAAGAUUUUAAUUUUUGUGCUGUUACAACAAAAUUGGCAGCUCCACUGAUAUAUUUCUGCCAACAGUGUGUUGGUUUAUGCAUCACCAUCCUGCACACACUAAACUCACAUCCAAACAUGUUUUUAUUUGACAGUAAAUUGACUCUCUUCUUAAGGGUGUGCUUCCCCCCAUCUUACCCUGCAUAUGAACAUGAGAGUUGUUUUAAUGCAGACUUGAAAACAUGUGAUCUUGUCCUUUAACACACACUUGAGUGUCCACUUUGACGGUGUGAUCGAGCCUGCGCCUAUAACUGUAUUUGUUCAUUCACUGCAGGUAGCAUAAAGAUAAUAUAGCACUGUAAUGUAUCAUGGUAAAUCUGACUAUUUAUUUGAUUGUGUAGAAGUGGGGGUUGUAUCAGAUCAACCGUCUUUCUCCCCAGCAAAAAUGCCUUAAUGUAAAUAUAUGCACUGUAAAUAACUAUUGAUUUGUUUUUUGUUUUUGUUUUUUCCUCUUUUGUUAUUAUUUUGUAAACAAAAGGGCAAAAAGAGGAAAAUGCCCUGCAUCCAAAAAAUAUUUGAGCCUUUUUUUGUUUUUUCUUUUGGUUUUGUUUCCUUGUCAAAGAUAUUUUGAUGCCAUUGUUUUAUAUAUUGUCCUUCCAACGACUUAUUUUGUAGAUUUGUUUUCUUCCUAGGUAAACGUUCCAAAGACAAAAGUUGUUUUUUCUUCAACUGAGUGAAACCGAUCCUAAUAAAGUCAACUGACACUUUU